AACCCGAGCGGCAGAAGGCAACCGUGGCGGCAACUGCGGGGCAGCGAUGGUGACCAACCCGGUGCACGGCCUGCCCUUACUCCCGGGCUCGUCCUUUACGGACUCCACGAAAACAGCAUUCCACAGAAGCCAGACACUCGGCUACAGGAAUGGCUAUGCAUUUGUCCGACGUCCAACCAUGGGCAUAGGUGGAGACCGGCUCCCCUACAACCAACUGUCUCCGGCUGAGCUGGAUGAGUUGGCCAAUAAGGCACCCAUCUUGACUUAUGGCCCACUCAAGCAGGCCGCACCAGCAGAGUUUGUUCCUGCGCAUGUGGCUUUUGACAAAAAGGUGCUGAAAUUUAGCGCCUACUUCCAAGAAGAUGUUCCCAUAUCAAUGGAGGAGCAUUACCGAAUCCGCCGGGUGAACAUUUACUACUACCUAGAGGAUGACAGCAUGUCUGUCAUCGAGCCUGUCGUGGAGAACUCUGGGAUCCCACAAGGCAAGCUAGUCAAACGCCAGCGACUAGCCAAGAAUGAUGUGGGAGACCACUACCACUGGAAGGACCUGAACCGUGGAAUCAACCUUACAAUUUAUGGCAAAACCUUCCGCAUUGUUGACUGCGACCGAUUCACUCAGGAUUUUUUGGAAAGUCAAGGCAUUGAAUUAAAUCCAUCAGAGAAGAUGCCUCUAGACCCUUACACUGAACUCCGAAAAGAACCUGUUCGAAAAUAUGUCACCCCAUCAGACUUUGACCAACUGAAGCAGUUUCUCACCUUUGACAAACAAGUCCUUCGAUUCUACGCGAUCUGGGACGACACGGAUAGCUUGUUUGGAGAGUGUCGCCACUACAUCAUUCAUUACUACCUCAUGGAUGACACUGUGGAGAUCCGUGAGGUCCACGAACGGAACAACGGGAGGGACCCCUUCCCACUCCUCAUGAACCGACAGCGCAUGCCCAAAGUUUUGGUGGAUAACGGAAAGAAUUUCCCUCAGUGUGUGCUGGAAAUCUCCGAUCAAGAGGUGUUAGAGUGGUACACUGCCAAGGACUUCAUCGUGGGAAAGCCACUCACCAUCCUCGGGAGGACCUUCUUCAUUUAUGACUGUGAUCCGUUCACCCGACAGUUCUACAAAGACAAGUUUGGAAUGUCCGAUUUACCACGAGUUGACGUGAGCAAGAAGGAGCCGCCUCCUGUAAAACAGGAGUUGCCUCCUUAUAAUGGUUAUGGGCUAAUCGAAGACUCUGCUCAGAAUUGUUUUGCUCUCGUUCCCAAAGCUCCCAGAAAAGAUAUUGUUAAGAUGCUGAUGAACGACAACAAGGUGCUCCGCUACCUGGCGGCACUGGAAUCCCCUAUCCCAGAAGACAAAGACCGUCGCUUUGUCUUCUCUUAUUUUCUUGCCACAGAUAUGAUCAGUAUCUUUGAGCCACCUGUUCGAAAUUCUGGGAUCAUCGGAGGCAAAUUCCUGGGCAGGACUAAAGUUGUUAAAUCAUUCUCUCCAGUCGACAACCCCAUCUACUAUGGACCAAGUGACUUCUUCAUCGGUGCUGUGAUUGAGGUGUUCGGUCAUCGGUUUGUUAUCCUUGAUACAGAUGAGUAUGUUUUAAAAUACAUGGAGAGCAAUGCUUCCCAGUACUCACCAGAAGCCCUCGCCUCAAUCCAGAACCGUAUCCGGAAGCAGGAUUCUCCUGCACCAGAACUGGAAUGCAAGCAAGCUACAGAAGAAACCAAGGCACUGGCUACAGAGGAACUCAAGGCACAGGGCCUGGACAAACUGAUAGAAAAAAUCCAGAUGCACCUGAAGGACAUUUCAUGCAAAGACAACCUCCGGGAAAGGUUCCAAGUAUACGACAAGGAGGAAUCGGGAUAUGUGGACAAAGAGACGUUCUUUAAAGUCUGCGAAACUCUUAAUGUCCCAGUCGACGACUCGUUGAUUAAGGAGUUGAUCAGGCUGUGCACCCAUGGAGAAGGCAGGAUUAACUACUAUAACUUUGUUCGAGCUUUCUCGGACUGACCCGAACGAGAGAACUGAAUACAUUUUUGACACUGAACCGACAUUGAGAAAUCCACCACACAAGCCUUUAAAUCACCCCGGAAGGGGGUCUUUCUCCCCCCCCCCCCACUCUUCUAUUUCACGAUUACUCAAGUCUAAAAUAAAUUAAUAUUUAAAGAAUCGGA